AUGUCGUUGGCAUCGGGCACCAGAAUUCCGCUGAAAAGAGGUCCGAAACCCCAAGUAUUCGAAGAAGCGCCAAUCACAACACCAACCGAUGAUCCACCAGAGUUCGAAUCUCACAUCGUCCUUCGUGUUCCAGAAGAUUGUGUAGAUCGCAUCGAAAAAAUCAUUGAAACAGAUGGAAAGGUUGAAGAUUUCGCUAUAAAUCUAAACAGCGACGCUCGCAACUCCACACUUCGUAUCGGGAAUCGACUAUUGAAUGGAAAGAUUUUAGACUUGCCUACAAUCACGGAGGUCCACAAAACGUUGGAUGACAAGAGUCUUUAUAAAGUUGCCGAUGUCUCGCAGAUUCUAGUUUGUACCCAUGAUUCGAUCAAUGCGAUUACGCCUUCAGCUCUCUCCGAUGUCACAGAAGAUCCUCAAGCGGCCGCAAAGAAGGCUGCAAAGCAAUGGCAAUAUCCACAUGGCCUAACCCCUCCCAUGAAAUGUGCCCGAAAGAAGAGAUUUCGAAAGACUAAAAAGAAGAAACUGAUGGAUGCGCCAGAGGUGGAAACAGAGCUUAAACGUCUUCUGAGGGCAGAUUUGGAGGCGGAUAGUGUCAGAUGGGAAAUCGUAGAAGGGGGAGCAGAAGAUGGUGGUGGUGUAGACGAAGGCGUCGCACGGACUCAGGGACAUGUCAAUUAUCCAUCGAGCAGCGAUGAGGAAUCAGAUCCGAUGGCUGAUGAUGAUGAGAAAGAAGAGUGA